AUGCGCCGUAAUCGUUUGGACACAACUCUCACAACAUUGCCACCGACUUGCACCCGGUCUCGCAACUGGAAGCACGACCUUCUAUCGACCUCAUAUUACAGUGGCAGAUUAGACCGCGUCAAUGUCCUCGGGAGUGAAACCACAGGACACACCGGAUGCGUCAACGCACUCUCUUGGGCCAAAGAAGGGGCCGUGCUCAUAACUGGCGGCGACGAUACUACGGUCCGCUUGUGGCGGUUGGGAACCGAUGACACUGGACAACAAGACUAUCCCUUCGUGUGCGACACUGUCAUUCACACAGCCCAUCGUGCAAACAUAUUCAAUGCGCAAAUGCUGCCCCAUUCAUCUCGUAUUGUCACCGUAGCUGGGGAUAGUCUUGUUCGUGUGUUCGACCAUGAGAAAGCCGCAGGGUACUCUGUGAUCGACGGAGAGACACAAUACCAUGCGCGCUCGGCCGGCAUUAGGGUCUUCAGGUGCCAUGACGGACGAGUCAAACGUAUCGUGACGGAGGACAGUCCGGACCUUUUUCUUACGGUCGCAGAGGACGGUUCUGUCCGUCAGCACGACCUGCGUGUUCCACAUUUAUGUGCCUCCAACGCUUGUCCAGCUCCGCUGGUGCUCCUCGAUCAUGAACUCUCGACCUUGUCCCUAUCUCCGUUGACCCCUUAUCAAUUCGUUGUGGCAGGGGCUUCGCCAUAUGCCUAUCUCUUCGACAGGCGACAUGCAGGACGUUACUUUUAUGAAGAAUGGGGCCGGCCUCCUAGCCGCGACGAUGUCACUACGUGUGUGCGGAGGUUUGGACGUACGGCGCGAGGGCCGCACGAACGCCGAGGGCUGGAACAUAUCACAGGCGCGAAAAUCGCGUCGAGCAACGGGCAUGAGGUGCUUUUAUCAUACAGCUCGGAUGCAGUCUACCUCUAUUCCACCAAAGAUGACCCUCGGCCAACCAGUAUCGCGACCGGAGACACGGCCCUACUACCUCCCAAUAAGACCAGUCACAAGUACGAAGAGCCUGUUGGUGAUUCUUCUGAAAUCGAAUCUACGUCGCACCACGGAUGGUCUGAUAGGGAUGCUCUCAUGGACGAAGAUAUCGAACGAAUACAAACGGAGGAGACCACAGAUUCCGAUGACCCUGAUAGCCGCAAUUACAGUGACGACAGCGAUGCCGAAGAAGACGAUGAGGCUACGAGCGAGGGGACAGGUGACGAACGCUACAGCGGGAUGCCUACCAUCAUGCCUCGUUUGCGCUUUGCAGGUGCUUGCAAUGUGGAGACCGUCAAAGAUGUCAACUUCCUGGGGCCGAGGGACGAGUUUGUCGUAUCCGGCUCCGACGACGGCAAUUGGUUCAUGUGGGAGAAGAAGACCGGCAGGUUGCAUGAUAUCCUGGAGGGCGACGGAGCCGUUGUCAAUGUCAUCGAGGGGCAUCCUUACUUGCCCCUGGUCGCCGUGAGCGGAAUUGACACGACAGUGAAGCUCUUCGCUCCUACGGCUGGCCCCAGGAAAUUCUCUCGGCUCGACCAAGUGGAUUCGAUCGUAAAUCGCAAUGCGGAAGCGGCCAACUCAAGAGGAGAGCUUCUCAAUCUGAGAAUGUACUACCGGUUGGCCCAGCAGAUGGCUCAGAGCGAAGGUCACGGCGCUCCCGGCCCUCAGUGUCCUGUGCAAUGAUCAGACGUGGGCGCACACCGC